CCCACGCCUCGCUGCAGCAGCAAAGUAGACUUGGACCCAGUCAUCUAUAGCACUAAUCCACCUCCACCUGCAGUACCAUAUAUGAAGUACAACACUACUAGUACUACUACUGUGGGACACAGCAAGUACCCAUCGUGUAUCCACUACAACUCAAAAGUGAUAGUCCCCAAUCCGUCACCUGGCAGAUUAUCAUUCCAGGGAUGGAUGGGAUCGGUGGAGGAGGGGCAAAAGGCAAAGCAAACAGUCGUACAGAAUAUUAUUUCUUUCCCCUCAAGAAGAGCAUAUAAAUACCCUCCUGGUUCCCACAUCCUCCCUCAUUCUUAUUCUUGCUCAUUCACUGCUGUUCUGUUCACUGCAGAAAGAUACUUUCCCUUACCUCGAAUACUUUCAUAGUAUAUACAGACAUACUACUAUACACCCCAUCUACCACCAUGGCCCCCUGCGAGUGCAAGUGCUGCUCUGGCAGCUGCAACUCCUGCUCUUGCUCUAACUGCAAGGUGUGUACCCUCCCAAAUACUAUAUUCCACCAUAGCUAUGAGAGGAUAGUAUGGGUGUCCAAAGGAGACUAACGACGUUUCAACUA